GCCCGAUGCACCUUCCAGAGCCGCCGGAUCUCAGAGGUUCCAGAUGUAUCCUCACCCGAAUUUGUCUUCGUCCUGGCUUCGUCUUGGUUGGGUCUUCCGAGGUCACCACGCGGGCCGUCACCACGCGUUUUCGGGACCUCCCAAGAGGCGUCGCAGCUCGGGGAGAACCCCUUCGAGGGCUACACGCCGUCCGUGCCCGAGGGCGAGCGCGCCGUCUACGGGGACGCUCGCUUCGAGCAGCUGGAGGCGCUGGGCGCCCAGGAGGUCAAGGCCGCCGUGCUCGUCCUCGUGGCUGGUGGUCUCGGGGAGCGGCUCGGGUUCUCGGGCAUCAAGCUGGCCCUGCCCGCCACCGUGGUGUCCGGCUGGACUUACCUCGAGUGCUACUGCAGGGCUGUCGCCGCCCUGCAGUCCCAGCCGCCCGGGGCGCCGUCCAGGAUCCCACUCGUGAUCAUGACCUCCGACGACACCCACCUGAAGACCCUGCAGCUCCUGGAGGAGGGGGGCUACUUCGGGCUCGAGAAGGGCCAGGUCCAUCUGCUGAAGCAGGAGAAGGUCGCCUGCCUCACGGACGCGGAUGCCCGCAUGGGCCCAGACCCGAAGGACCCGGGCCUCAUCGAGACCAAGCCGCACGGCCACGGCGACGUGCAUCUGCUGAUGCACUCCUCGGGCCUCGCGAGGGCCUUUGCCGAGGAGGGCAAGCGUUGGGUCGUCCUGUUCCAGGACACCAACGCCUUCUUCGUCAAGACCGUGCUCGCGACCCUGGGGGUGUCGUCGGAAACCGGCAUGGCCAUGAACUCUGUGGCCGUGCCCCGGAAGCCGAAGGACGCCAUGGGGGGCAUCGCCCAGCUCACGCGCACGGACGGCUCCAGCAUCACCCUCAACGUGGAGUACAACCAGCUGGAUCCGCUCUUGCGGAGCACCACCAUGCCCGACGGCGACACUGCCGAUUCGACAGGAUGGUCGCCAUUUCCUGGAAAUAUGAACUCCCUGGUGCUCUCCAUGGAUACAUAUCUGCCCACGCUUGAGCGCACGGGAGGCGUGAUCGCAGAGUUUGUGAAUCCGAAGUAUGCGGACCAGACGAAGACCAAAUUCAAGUCGUCCACGAGACUGGAGUGCAUGAUGCAGGACAUCCCGAAGGAGUUCCCUCCCGGGGCCAAGGUUGGAUUCACGAUGUUCGACCAGUGGUGCUCCUACUCUCCAGUGAAGAACGACCCCAAGUCCGCGCGGCAGAAGUUCGAGUCUGGGAACCACCCGCAGAGUGGCACCACGGGCGAAACGGACCUCUUCGCGGCCAAUUGCAGGAUCCUGCGCAUGGCUGGCGCCGAGGUCGAGGCGCCGCAGAAGGCUCGAUUCAACGGCAUCGAGGUCGAACUGGAGGCGCGCGUCGUGUGGUCGCCUCGGUGGGCGUGCAGCUACAGGAGCGUGAAGGACCGCCUCCUGCCUGGCGCAAAGGUCAAGAUCUCCCAGCGAUCCACGCUGGUGCUGGAUGGAGACAUCACGAUCAAGGACCUCGCCCUCGACGGGGCGCUGGUGGUCACUGCGAGCCCUGGCAGCCGCGUGCACAUCGAAAAGCUCGUGGUGACCAACGCGGGGUGGGAGCUGGAGCCCACAGGGGACGACGAGGGGGACGAGGCCCGUCCAGUUCUCUCGUGA